UCAGGAUGGGCUACUUCCACCACCCCAAACUCGUCCGCGGUGAACCCGGCGGAGGUGGAGGCAAUGCAAUGCCUGGAGGAGGGCACACAAAAGCUUGAAGAGGGUGACGUGCAGGCGGCCAAGGAAUUGUACAAACGCAGCGUGGACAUUAAGCGGACCGCAAGCUCGCUGUUUAACUUGGGCGUUACACACUACCAUUUGAAGGAGUAUGACGAUGCUAUCACUGCAUGGAAGGAGGCCAUCGCCCUGCAGCCCACAAGCGCAGAUGCCCAUACCAACUUGGCAAGCGCAUACAUUGUCUCUGCCGUGAGCAGGCCCGACCUCGCGCUCCACCAUUUGCGAGUCGCUGCUUCCCUUGCGCCAGAGGAUGCCGAGAUUGCCUUCAACCUCGCUGCUGUUCUCGAGGCGUGCGGAUUCCUGGAGGAGUCCCUUGAGCACUACAAGCGGGCCAAGGAAUUCGGCGUGGAACGUGCUGAGAUGCACAUACGCAACGUCGGCGCAAAAAUCCUCGGCAAAAAGUUGAAGGAAGCAGAGGCAGAAACGGCACAAGCAGACAAGCCUGACCCAGCCGCAUAA